AUGAUUAAACGUACUGUGAAAUGUAUAAGCGGGAACCUUUGCUUCAGUGGCUGGACCUGUAAAGCAGUAGGACUUCCAGAUGUCCUAGAUGCAUGGCAGCACAUAGAAAGACAUACAUACUUUAAAAGGUGGGGUAUCAAAAGUCAGCUGCCUCCAAAGAUACCAAAGAUACAUAUAUUAAAUGGUUCUCUGCCUUGUUUCCCCCAGUACCAAAGAAAAAGAAGUACUUGGACAGAGGAAAGAAUCAACUGUAUUCUUGAACACAAAUCUCCAUAUGCAGAGGAAAAAUUAUUAAUGUGCAUUGCUGCGACUUUAAACUUCUAA